CUGCCAUAAAACCUUGAAGAAGAAGAAGAAGAAGAAGAAGAAGUUCAGUGCACAGAAGCUUCUACAGUAAAUAGCUUACGUUGUACAUUGAUAAAUAAGAAGACAUGCUUUCCGUCCUCACAUUGCUAUUGAUCUUAUUCAGUCUAAAUGAGGCCAAACAGAAAGAUUUGUACACUUUCAAAGUUGUUAAUAGCAGAGGGAGAUUAGUCUCUUUGGAAAAAUACAGAGGUUCGGUGUCUCUUGUGGUGAAUGUGGCCAGUGACUGUGGCUUCACUGAGGAUCACUACACAGACCUUCAACAGCUGCAGAGGGACUUUGGGCCAUCCCACUUUAACAUCCUGGCCUUCCCCUGCAACCAGUUUGGCCAGCAGGAGCCUGGCAGCGACAAGGACAUUGACGCAUUUGUCCGGCGUGUCUACGGAGUCUCCUUCCCCCUCUUCAGCAAGAUUGCUGUGGUGGGCACCGGGGCCAACAAUGCCUUCAAGUACCUUGUGGAGAUGUCAGGAAAAGAGCCUGACUGGAACUUCUGGAAGUACCUCAUCGAUACAGAUGGGAAAGUCGUGGAUGCCUGGGGACCCAGUGUCUCUGUCAAAGAACUCCGACCUAAAAUAGCUGAAAUGGUACGGAAUAUCAUCCUCAAGAAGAAAGAGGAACUUUAACUCAACACCUCAAGACCCAUCUGACAAUCUAUUCAGGAAUAUCCUAUGUGAUUGAAAUUCAUUGUCUGCAACAAAAACACCCCGAGCAUCAUAGAAAUACGCACCAAGCACCACACACUCCAAGCACCACACACUCCAAGCACCACACACUCCAAGCACCACACACUCCAAGCACCACACACUAUAUAUGGUAAAUGUUGUAUUCUACAGGUGUAGGAUCUUAAUUUGAGCUAGUUUGCUACAUCAGGAAAAUAAUCCUGCAGCAAUAGAAAAUGUGAAUUAUUAUGUGGAUUAUAAUUAAUAGGCAUUUUUGUAGGUGUUGAUACAUUUUUAGGGAAAAUCAAGUCUGGAAUUUCAAAUGUGAAAUUACAAGCUUCAGAAGCCUUUUUAAACCUCAAAUACACUAAAUAGUUUAAAAUCUCCUGCAACAGGGUGAUCAAAUUAAGAUCCUGUAUCUGUGCCCCUGUUAACUUUUAUGAAACCACCUCUACGACUGCAUUCAGCAUACUGAUAUCCUCUUUUGGAAGCAGUUGAUCUGCCUGCGAAAAACUAAUCAGUAAUCAGAGCUUAUUGUUGUGCUGUUGAGGUUCUUUGUAUUGGAUUGCCUUUUCAUGGUACAUGUGUGCACAUUAAUAAAUAUACUUUUACAAAGUGG